CUGAUACUGCAGUAUCCAUGCGUUGCCUACACGUGUUGCUGCGUUAAAUUUUUCAUGCCAUUCUACGAAGUAUGCUCUUUUUUCCCUGGAUCGCAGAUUGGUGUGGCAUAGCAUUGGGCAAGGACUAGCGAGCAAGAAUGGUACUUGCCGAGUAUCAUACACAGACGCAAAAGGGAUGGGGGUUUAGUCCUUAGGUUUAUAGCAUGCUUUUCGUCAGGCAACCUACGCGCGUUGGCCGAAACUCGAAACUGGCACGACAGCUGCUGCAUGCACUUAUACUGCUGCUAGCUUUGCGCUCUAGUCGGACAGCCCCGUCUCUUCACUCCAUCACUGAAUCAGGUCACGACGCCUCUAGCUCCAACGGUGCGACGGAAGCGUCAGGCUCGUUCGCAAACGCAAAGCUACCAACCGACAACAUUUCCGUGGAUGCCACAUCCACCGUAUCCUCUGCCGGAUCCACGAUUGCCACCGGAGACAGAUCAACACCGAACGUCGCUGUUUCAGAGUACGCAAAUUCGCCACCAGCGCUCUGGGAGCUAGAGCUAGCACCAUUUCUUCGCCGGCUGUACCCACCACAUGACGUCAAUGGCACUGCCAUCAGAGGCCCACCACGGCUGACGGGCAUUUAUCAAGGCUCAUGGCUCAAGUCCUCAUAUGGGGAUGCAUUACGGCGGUCUGACUUCCUGACCGCUGACGCGGGGAGGAUCAUCUUGCACCUGCCAGAGGAGGACAACCCAGAACCCUCGCCCGCAGCAGCAGCAGGGGCCCAUGCCGCGGGUGCCGCCGGCAAUGGGAGGGCAGAGCCGGGGCAGCAGCUGCCACGCGGCAUGACGCAUGCGGGCAGCACCAGCACCAGCAGCAGCAGAGCCGACGGCUGGACGUCCGAACUGCUGCCCGGAGGUAUCCAGGACAUCGAGGGCGAGCUGCUGCUCCGAGACGGCUCCGGGCUGCGGGAGCGCGGCCUGCGCUUCCGGCUGCGGGGUGUCUACGUGGCGGCGGCAGCUGCCGUACACGCGGUUCUGGAGCCGCAGCUGCCGCAGGGGGCCGACGUGGAACCGGGGGACGUGCAGGCAGCUCUGGGGCUGGGGCCCGGGCUGGGGUUAGGGUUGCGGCCACCGCCUGGGUCGCGGGUGGUGCCGGCGGGGAGCAGCUUGGAGGUGCUUGGGCGGCGAGGCGGCAGCGGUGGUGGUGGUGGUAGUGGUGAUGGUAGUUGGAGCAGCGUUGGAGGUGGAGGAGGAAGUGGCGGUGGCGGCGAGGGCAGCGGCAGCAGCUACAGGACCGCGCUGCGUGCCGCCGCGGCCCACCACCUAGCCUUCAACAACCCCCGCCUCUUCGCCGCGUUGCUGCGUGCUACUCGGGACGACAAACGAGGAGGAGGCAGCAGCAGCAGUAGCAGUAGCAGUAGCGCUCAGGCUCGGUCGUCGCAGCAGCGAGCAUUAGGUGAGGCGGCAGCGGCAGCGGCGGUGGCGCCGUCUCCACCUCCUCCGUGGCCCCCCUGGCCUCCCCGUUCGGACCUGCCGUUGCGCAAGACGUGCGAGUUCCGAGCCCACUUUCGAGUGUACUACAAGGGUGAUCCCGAGGCCGCAGCGCACGGCCAGCAGCUGCGGCUGUACCGGUCUCCGCCGCCUCCCCCGCAGCACCUGCAUCCGCACCCGCCAGACCAGCUGCGGGAACAGCAGGAGCAAGAGCAGGCUAGCAGCAGUGCUGCUGCAACUGCUGCUGCUGCUAGUACUGCUGAGGCAGCGACGGCGGCGGGAACUGCAAUGUCCAGUGUGGCGAAUGGGAGUACAGGGCGCAAGGACGAUGCCGGCAGCACCGCCGCUGCCGUCAUGGCGGGUAGCGCUGUCGCCGCUGCAACCCAUGUCGCCGCAGCGGCCGCAGCUGCGGCGGCAGCAGCGGCGACGUCGUCCCCCGCCCCGGACCCCCUCACCAACCAGACCACGAGUCGCUCUUCCACUGCGCCGCCCCGCCACCCCCGACUCGGGAGGCACCACCACCACCACCGCCACUCAGAGCGGCCGCGGCGGGGUCUGGCUGCUGACACCGAGAUGUACCACGCGACGCAGAUGCAGCUGCAUGGUGAGCUUAGCAGUGGCGGCAGCGAGCGGAAUGGCAGCAUGAGCAGGGCCUUCUCCUCCGCGUCCGCCACCAUCGUUGCGGGCGACACCGAGGCGGGUGGUGGCGGUGGUGUGCUGCCGGUAGCUACCGGUAGACCAGGGGAUGCCGGUCGCAUGAACGAGUGGGAUGAUGACGGCGGUGUUGCUGACGGGGGGGCUGACGGCAGCGGCGGUGCAGUGUACGGCAUUCCGGUCGGCAUGGAUCCCUCGGAUCCGGAUCUAGUGUUCGUGGGCGUGAUCGAGUCCCCCAACUGCGGUCUGGUGCUGCACUGGAACGCGAGCUCGCUGCACCCGGAGCGCAGGUACCGGCAGCUGCUGCGGUACAGCGGCGUGGUGGCGGCCGUGGCGAUUGCGCAGCUGGUGCUGGUGGCCCUCCAGAUGGAGCCCGCCGCCAGCCCCUCCGCCGCCGCACGCAUGUCGCUGUACGGCAACACCCUGCAGUCCAUUCUGGACGCAUACCAGUGCCUGCUCAACCUCAUGACGGGUCUGCUGCCGGACACCCCCUCCGUCGCCCUCUUCGCGGCGGCCUUCCUGCAGUUCCUGCUGUUCGCGGUGUUUGAGAUGCGGCUCACGCUGCUGGUGUGGCGCGCGCAGCGGACCAACGGUUCCGGAGCGGGCGACGGCGGCGGCUUCUGGAGUGUACGGCGCGACAUGUCGGCGGUCUACUCGCGGUUCUAUGGGCUGCUGGUGCUUGGUCUGCUGCUGGGCUUCCAGCUGCAGUCGCACCCGGGUCCGCUGCUGCUGGCGCUGCACUCCUGGUGGCUGCCGCAGCUGCUGCACAGCGCGCGCAGCGACACGCGGCCGCCGCUGCUGCACAGCUACGUGUGGGGCAUGUCGGGACUGAGGCUUGUUGUUCCGCUGUACUUCCUGGGCUGUCCGCACAGCCUGAUGGGCUCGGGGUCGCGGCCGGGGCUGUGUGCGGCGCUGGCGGGCUGGGUGGCGCUGCAGGCGGCACUGCUGGCGUGGCAGAUGCGCUCGGGACCCAGGGUUUUCAUCCCGCGUGCAUUCCUGCCGCGCCGCUACGACUACUACCGACCGGCCAGCAGACGCGAAAUGGGCUGCGACGACGUGGCCACACCUCCGUCGCCGGCAACCGCAACCGCCCCAGGAGCAGCGGCGGCGGCGGCGAUGAGCGGUUCCUUCCUAGGCACGUUCGCCCUCUCUCCCCUAGGUGGCCGGGCGGCGCUGCGACGGUUAGCGGCGUGGCUGCCGUCUAGAGACUGGUUCCGGAGCUCCGCCGCCGCUGCUGCUGCGGGACCGGUGGCGGCUGUUGGGCAACGGCGCGCUAGCGGCGGGGGCGAUGUGGAGACGGGGCAUGGCAGCAAGGAGUGCGUGAUUUGCAUGAACCCGGUACCGCUGCUGCCGGUGACAGCACGCAUGGUGACGCCGUGUGGGCACUUCUUCCACGAGCCUUGUCUGACGAGGUGGAUGGCAAUCAAGAUGGACUGCCCAACGUGCCGUCGCCCCUUGCCGUCGCCUUGAUGCGGGCUUGAGUGGGAGUGUGAGGGGCUAUGGGUGUGGGGCUGGGAAGGGGGUAUGAGAGCGGCUCUUGCCGCUGUGUACAUAGCAAGAAGCGUUGUAUAAAGGAGAAGAUUCGUCAUACUUGUACUGUGUACGUGGUUUGGUUAUGGCCACCGAUGAUGGCCUUCAUGCCAUAUAUAUGUAUUUAUACCACCGGCUUAGCCGCAUGGAAUCUUCACCGGUAACUUAAGCACUCCGCCUGAGCGUUAGGCAUCGACCUGCGUCGACGGCACAAUUUUGUACACAAACAGCCAUGCGUAAUCCAAAAAUACUGUGUUAACCGGUGAAAUGGUUGGCGUGUAUACGUUUCAUACUAUUAGGCUAAGUCCAGAGAUGGGAAUAGUUGUUAGGUCUGCUAUCCAAACCGUGCCUCUUGGCUACUAAGUCAGACCGGCCAAGUAACCAGUGGACUUCGCUAGUCAGGCCUUCCAAACAUUUCUGUCAAGCAUGCCAUGUUGCCACCACGUCCCCCCAUGUCUCGUGUUGUGACACCAUAAACCCCAUAAGACCUUGUUACGGUUGUAACCCGGCGAAAACCCCGGUAAGCAUCGUCCAAGGCUGUUCGUUGCCAACGUUAACUGACACGAAUCACGUUCCGCCAAGACCAAGCCACUCAAUAAGCAGCACUGCUCUGCCGAGAGGUUGACUCCGGCUCUUCGUUUGGCUCUUCAGCUUCCUUCAACUGC